CCCCAGUCCGGUUUCUCCUCCUCCCGCCGCCGCCAUGUGGGGCCGGCGGCAGCGCGGGCCCGGGUCCUGCACCCGCGGUGCGGAGGAGCUACGGGCGCGGCGGCGGGAGCAGGAGGCAGCGCUCAGGAAAGCCCGGCGGCAGGAGCAGCUGGUCAGCAAGCGGCUACUGCGGGAGGACACAGCAGCAGAGGAGGGGGCACGGGAUGGAGCAGGGAUUGAGCCGGAACCUCUCUCGGAGAAUGAGGUUCUUGAGCUGCUCAGGAGCAUGCAGAAGGGCUCUGAGGACAGGAAAAAAUCUCUUGGCCGUCUCUGCUGGGCUCUGCGGAACAAGGAGACUCAGCAGAAGUUUGUCAGGCUGAACGGCAGCAUCCGGACACUCAUCGGGCUCUUCACCAGCAGCCUGGCUGACGUGCAGAUGCAGGCAGGCCGCUGCCUCCACGAGCUGUCCCACUCCAGUGACCCUGCUGUGGCUGAGGCAUGUCUGCCAGUGACCUCCUACCUCCUCACCUACCUCUCUGGACACAGCAUUGAAUUCACGGAGCUGUGUCUGUACACGCUGGGGAACCUGGUAGUAGAAAGCGAAGCUGUGAGGAAGCGGCUUCUGCCUCAGGGCAUCAUUCCAGUGCUGGUGUCCUGCAUCCAGUCCCCACAUGAGGCUGUGCUGGAAGGUCUGGGCUACGUCCUCUCACAGCUGCUCCAAGCCAAGGAAGCCCCAGCAGAGAUCAUUCCCCUGGUUCUGGCCUCUGCUCUCCCCCAGCACAUGCUUCGACUGGUUUGCUCGGGCCCCAAGGCUGGGAUAGGAGCAGCCGUGGAGUUUGCAUGGUGUCUGCACUACAUCAUUUGUAGCCAAACGGCAAACACAGCUCUGCUGUCACUGGGGGCUUUGCCUGCCCUCACCUCAGUCUUGCUCGACCUGGCUUCUGAACCCCCUCCAGAUGCUGCUGAGGGCCUGGAGCUGCUCGUGUGCCCGGUGCUGCGGUGUCUCAGCAACCUGCUUGCAGAGGACACAGGCUGUGAAGUGCAGGUGCAGGAUGAGCGCCUGCUCAUCGCCAUCUUCCUCAUCCUCCAGAGCUUCCUCCAGCAACACCCCUUCAUCGCCCAGGAGUGUCUCUGGCUCCUGAACAACCUCACAGCACAUGAGCCCUUCUUCUGCUCUGCUCUGCUCUCCCUGGACCUGCUCCCAGCCCUGCUGCAGCUCCUGCCCUGUUCCCAGAUGGCCACUGUGUUGGUCCUGACAGUUGUGUGCAAUAUAGCAGCGAAGGGACCAGUGUUCUGCCAGCAGCUGCACCAGCAAUCGGCCCUGCCCCUGUUGCUGCCCACCCUCACACUGCCCGACCCCGAGGCCGUGGGGCAGUGCUUGGAGCUGCUGCACCUACUCUUCCUGCACUGCCCAGAGGCUGCUGUUGACUUCAUCAGAGAAGGCGGGCACCGGGCCCUGGAGCAGCACCAGAGCACCCCAGAGCUCCAGGAGCGGGCACGAGCACUGUUGGACAUGGUGGGGCAGCCCCUGGGCAGUCCCUCUUCUCGCAGGCCACCUUCCUUCCCUCCCCCUGUGCUCUGAGGAGGGGUAGAUCUGUGUUCACACCAUGCCCUGCUUUCCCAAGGGCAGGUCAGAGGUCUAACCCCCAGCAGUAAGCACCAGUGCUGGCUGCACAGGGACACUGGUCCUUGGCAAGAUAAGGCUGUUUCCAUCCUUGUCACCAUCUCAGAGCUACCAGGAGAAUACCCUGUGCUUUCCAUGGGCUUGGUGCAGGGGCAGAGCUGGGCUGGAACCCAGAGCAGGCUCCUGAUGCAGGGAGGUGAUGGAUAAACCCCGCUGGAUCCCUCCAGUGUCUCCUUUUGGCUUUAAAACCCAACAUAUGACGCUCAGGGUAAGCACAUUGCU